AUGUCGCUGCUCGGGAGGCGCGGAGCUCAGGGGCUUCGGUCUCUUACUUCUCCUUCCACCUCUGGUGCUCUACGACCAUUCUCCGUCCUCAACCGCCCCAAGCCAAAUUAUCCCGGCCAUGUUCCACUGACGACUAUUGAGCGCGGCGCUCUCGCUGUGGGCUCCGCGUUGGGCUCUCUCGUCAAUCCCCGAAGAGCAGACCUAAUUGCAGCCCUCGGCGAAGCAACCGCAACCCCAUACUUCAUUUACCGGCUCCGCAACGCCAUGCUCUCCGACCCAACAGGCCGGCGCAUCCUCCGCGAUCGCCCCCGCAUCACCUCCCAAACCCUCAGCAUGGCCCAUCUCCGCACUCUCCCCGAGAACUCCGUCGGCCGCACCUACGCCGCAUGGCUCGAUCGUGAAGGCGUCUCUCCCGACACCAGAGAUAACGUCCAAUACAUCGACGACGAGGAGUGCGCCUACGUCAUGCAACGGUACCGCGAGUGCCACGACUUCUACCAUGCUGUGACGGGACUGCCGAUCUUCGUUGAAGGCGAAUUGGCAUUGAAGGCGCUGGAGUUCUUGAAUACGCUCUUGCCUAUGACGGGGCUGAGUCUGUUUGCGUUUGUGCGGAUGAAGCCGGCGGAGAAGGAGCGGUUUUUAUCGUUGCAUUUGCCUUGGGCUGUGAGGAGUGGGUUGGGGAGUAAGGAGUUGAUUAACGUUUAUUGGGAGGAGGUUUUAGAGAAGGAUGUUGAUGAGCUGCGGGCCGAAUUGAAUAUUGAGCGUCCACCUGAUCUUAGGGAGAUUCGGAAGAUGAUUCGGAGGCAGCAGAAGGAGCAGAAAGAGAAGGAGAAGCAGCAGCAAAUGAUGGGUUGA